GGUGAUUUUCAAACAGCCCGGGAUCACUUCGAAUUACAAUUAAAGGAAGCUAAAAAGACUGGAAACAAAGAUUCAGAAGGGAGAGCAUAUGGGAACCUUGGUCUUGCUUAUCACUCUCUCGGUCAAUUUGAAAAGGCAAUCGAAUUUCAUCAGCAAGAUCUGAGUAUCGCCCAAAAGACUGGAAACAAAGAUUCAGAAGGGAGAGCAUAUGGGAACCUUGGUCUUGCUUAUCACUCUCUCGGUCAAUUUGAAAAGGCAAUCGAAUUUCAUGAGCAAGCUCUGAGUAUCGCCCAAAAGACUGGAAACAAAGAUUCAGAAGGGGGAGCAUAUGGGAACCUUGGUCUUGCUUAUGACUCUCUCGGUCAAUUUGAAAAGGCAAUCGAAUUUCAUGAGCAAGAUCUGAGUAUCGCCCAAAAGACUGGAAACAAAGAUUCAGAAGGGAAAGCAUAUGGGAACCUUGGUCUUGCUUAUCACUCUCUCGGUCAAUUUGAAAAGGCAAUCGAAUUUCAUGAGCAAGAUCUGAGUAUCGCCCAAAAGACUGGAAACAAAGAUUCAGAAGGGAGAGCAUAUGGGAACCUUGGUAUUGCUCAUGACUCUCUCGGUAAAUUUGAAAAGGCAAUCGAAUUUUAUCAGCAAGCUCUGAGUAUCGCCCAAAAGACUGGAAACAAAGAUUCAGAAGGAAAAACAUAUGUAAAUCUUGGUAUUGCUUAUCACUCUCUCGGUAAUUUUGAAAAAGAAAUCAAAUUCCUUCAGCAAGGUCUGAGUAUCGCAAAGAAGACUAAAAACAAAGAUACAGAAGGAAAAGCAUAUGGGAACCUUGGUCUUGCUUAUCACUCUCUCGGCGAUUUUGAAAAAGCAAUCGAAUUUCAUCAGCGAGAUCUGAGUAUCGGAAAAAAGACUGGAAACAAAGAUUCGGAAGGAAAAACAUAUGUGAAUCUUGGUAAUGCUUAUGACUCUCUCGAAAAUUUUGAAAAAGCAAUCGAAUUCUAUCAGCAAGGCCUCAGUAUCGCAGAAGUGACUGGAAACAAAGUUGUAGAAGCAAACGCAUAUUCUAACCUUGGUGGUACCUUUACACGCCUUGGUAACUACCGUACAGCUGAGGAGUGUUUUAAAUCCAGUAUCACUCUACUGGAGCAAGUGAGGGGUCUUCUUCUUGAGAAGGACGAAUGGAAAAUCAGCUUUCGGGAUCAAUAUCAAGUUUAUACAGAUUUAUGGAGUCUUCAAUUACGACGAGGCAAGACCAUAGAUGCGCUUUUAACAGCUGAGAGGGGACGAGCACAAGCUCUUGUUGAUGCCUUGAAGCUAAAAUACGGCGUGAAGACAGUUAAAUCAUCGCCAGAAGAGCAGAUGAACAAAGUGGAUAUCCUUUCACCCCAAACUUCAUCACCUACGAUAUUUAUCGCGGAAGACGAAGACUCUAAAUCAGUAAGUAUCUGGUUACUGCUGAAGAGUCAGAAGUUGCAGUUUAUACAGAAGGAAAGCAGUCAGACGUUGACAGAUUUGAUUAACAAAUCAUACGAACAAAUUGGUGUUAAAGAACUAGUCAGGUGCGGGGGCCACUCCUUUGGGGACGAGUCAGAUGAUGAAGAAAUCGAAGAGUCAUCCAAUAGAGGUACAAAUGAGAACGCUUCAUCACAAGACGAGUGUGAUGUACUAAAAAUAAUGUAUGAACUCAUUAUAGCUCCGACAUCACAAUGGAUAACAGACGAUGAACUUAUCAUUGUACCUGAUGGUUCAUCGUUCUUCAUUCCCUAUGCUUCCCUUGUGGACCAGCAUUCCAGGUAUUUGUCUGAGACGCUGAGAAUUCGACUGGCUCCAUCACUAACCACCUUACGUCUGCUAACAGACUGUCCAGAGGGGCACCACAGUACAUCUGGUGCGCUUCUUGUUGGUAAUCCGUGGGUGAAAACUGUGCGCUUCCCCGACAAAUUCGACAAGUUAGCACCGCUUCCAGGUGCUGAGGAAGAGGUCAAAAUUAUUGGCCAAAUACUUAACAUUAAGCCUCUCAUCGGAAAGAAUGCUACGAAAGACCAAGUUUUAAGUGGGCUUCAAUCAGUCUCCCUGGUUCACAUAGCAGCUCAUGGUCAUGUAGAAACUGGCGAAAUCAUUCUGUCUCCUAACAACGCUAGUUCCAAAAAACCAGAAGAGGAAGACUUUCUUUUGUCAAUGGCAGACGUAUUGAAUGCAAAAUUAAACGCCAAGCUUGUUGUCUUAAGCAGCUGUUACACUGGGCGAGGGAAGAUCAAAGCCGAGGGCGUGGUUGGUAUUGCACGUUCUUUUUUAGCAGCCGGUGCACGUGCCGUCAUCACGUCGCUGUGGGAGAUUAGCGACGAGGCCACUCUGGUGUUUAUGAAACAUUUUUACGAACAAUUGAUGGCAGGGCAAAGUGCAAGUAAGUCCCUUAAUCAAACCAUGAAAUGGAUGCAGAAGACAGGCGACUUCAGUGCAAUAAAAUACUGGGCGCCAUUCAUGUUGAUUGGUGAUGACGUGACAAUGGAUUUUGGACAAUCAAGGUGA